AUGGUCGUAGUGGAACCUCCUUCACUACUUGAGCGAGCAGAACUUACUCGACCAAUUCCAGAAAAUGCAAGAAAACUUGCGCAUCUAGUCGAAGUAACGGAACAAAGGGUGGAAGUUGGGGACCACAACGUAUUCUAUCGUGAAGCCUUACCUCCAGAUAGUCACUAUGCCAAAGCUGCAGUUGUAUUUCUCCACGGUCAAGCCUAUUCCUCAUCCACUUGGACGGAUCGGGGGUCCUUGAGCACUUUUGCAGCUCUCGGAUAUCAUUGUAUAGCACCGGAUCUGCCAGGAUCUGGACAGACUCGAGGUCCGGCAGUUAGUGUUCAUGACAAACCGCAGUUUUUACUUUCGUUUCUUGAUGCCAUAGGUAUCAAGCAUGUUAUGGUGGUGGCAGCAUCGAUGUCAGCACAAUACGUUCUUCCUUUGUUAGCUCGUGACAUUUUUGUCUGUGCCGUAGGAAUUGCCCCAUCAAAUACCCAUGAAAUUGUACAACCAGCACUCUAUAGGACCCCUAUACUUGUGCUUUGGGGAGAUCACGACACCUCAUUGGGCCCUACAGCCGCUGCAAAUCUUCGUGUUUUGCCAAAUGCUCGACUUCACAAAAUCCCAAAUGCUGGUCAUGCUUGCUACCUUAGC